AGAAUGGAAUUCUGGAGUAUGAUAAUCAAGAUAAUUUUCUCUUUACAAAUAACAACUGGAAUUCUGGGAAAUAUCUUUCUUCUUAUCUACUAUCCAGUCUAUUAUAUAAAACCUACAUUAAAGCCCACAGAUUUGAUUCUCAUGCACAUAAUGGCAUCCAAUGUCUUGAUAGUUCUGUCUACAGGAGUGCCAAACACAUUGGCAACUUUUGGGUUGAAACAGUUUUUAAAUGAUUUUGGAUGCAGAAUUAUUUUGUACAUUCAAAGACUUGGCAGGAGUGUGUCCAUUAGCAUCACCUGUUUCUUGAGUGUCUUCCAGGCCAUCACCAUCAUUCACAAGAAAUCUUGCCUUAAGGAUCAAAAAGACAAAGCUGCAAGUUAUGUUGGCUGCUCCAUUUUCUUUCUUUGGGUCUUGUCCAUAAUUAUAAAUUUCAUUUUCUUGGUGUACAUACUUGUCAAAAGAAAUAGCAAAAAUAUGACAAAAACCCGAGACUUUGAGUACUGUUCUACCACAGUCGAUGAUAACAUCAGUGACUCACUCUAUGUAGCAUUAGUGGUGUGCCCUGAAAUCUUCUUUUCUGUGCUCAUUGCCUGGUCCAGUGGUUCCAUGAUUAUGAUUCUGUACAGACACAAGCAGAGGGUUCAACACAUCCACAGCAGUCCUGUUUUCAGAGGAAUCUCGCCAGAAUCCAGAGCCACCCAGAAAAUCCUAGUCCUGUUGUGUAUGUUUCUGGCAUUUUAUAGUCUUUCCUCUGUAUUACAAGGCUACAUUGCUUUUCUAUAUAAUCACAAUUGGUGGCUGCUGACAGUCAGUUGCCUGAUUUCUCUGUGUUUUCCAUCCUUUGGACCCUUUGUUCUAAUGAGGCAUUACUCUUUUAUGCCCAGACCCAGUUUGAUCUGGAUAUGGAAUAAAAUAUCUUAA